GCCCGUACAAAUCUAAUCCUUUUCCCUCGACCCUUUUAUCCAUUUCUUUAAUACUAAAAACAAACCAUUAAGCUAUAUGAAUAUAUAUACUUCUCUCUUGAGUUCUGAAUCUCAACAAACUCAAUCAUCAAAUAAACUAAACUAAAGAAAACAAAAUGGGAAACUGCAUAGGAACGAAGACGUCGUGCUCCGGAGACGAGUGUGAAUCAUUAAACAAGAAGAGAAGAAGAAGAUCCACUGCCGUGUUUCACGACGACGACGAAGACGGAGAGAAACUGCUCGGAGAAACAAGCAGCGAGAUGUCAUCGAGUUCUUCAACGUCUUUUGGAAGAAGGGAGAUUAAGAUAAGGAUGACGAAGAAAGAACUUGAAGAUCUCAUGAGAAACAUUGGUUUGAAGGGUUUGACGGCGGAAGAGAUACUUUCUAAGUUAAUUUUCGACGGUGGAGAUCAAAUCGGUUUCUCUGCCGUCGAUUUAACUAAUCACCACCAGCCGUGGAAACCGGCGUUACAAAGCAUACCGGAGAACGAUUAAUGUUCUUUUCUCGUUUUAGUUUUUUUUGUUUUGUUUUUGUUUGGGUUUGAUUAAUUAGAAAAAGCUGAGUUUGAUGUGUGUGUGUCCUAAAUUUGACCCUCCCUCGAUCGGUGAUUUAAGCUAAUUGAAAUUAUGUACAUGUCUAUUUUGUAAUUAAUUUUUAAGACUCAUUAAGGAUGUGUGUAAGCAUGUA